AUGAAGACGCUCUUGAAGACCUCAAGCCCGAUCACCUCGCUGUCCGCCUCUGCGGAGCUGGGGCUCUUAUUGCUUGGGGACACCUCUGGAGCGGUGAUUCUAAUCGACCUAAGUUCUGGUUCUGAACGUCAACGUUUGCUUCUCCCAGACCCGGUCCUGGCUGUUGCCUUGGCACCUCCACUUCGUGCGCUGCUGGCGGCCGGCGGAAAGGCCGUCACUGAGAGCUCCACCGUUGCGGUGUGGGAUGUGGAUUCGGGUACCUUGCGCGCGGAGAUGAAAUACAAGCACUUGGUCACGUCUUUAGCCUUUGCCCCGGCGCUACGGGUGGCGAUUACUGGAGAUGGCAGCUUUGAUCAGAAGAACACCACGGGACGAGUGGUGCUCUGGAACCCCGAUACUUUGGAACAGCAUCAACGACUGCAGUGCUCGGGCGCGGUCACCUGCGUCCGUUUGACACCGGAUGGACUGAUCCUUUCAGCAGAUCGAAGUCGAUGUAUCUGCAAGUGGCAUCCGGAAAGUGGGGAAAAGCUGCAGGAGAUCCAAGUUGACCAUGGACUUCCGUGGUGUCUGGCUGUGAAUGAGGCCUGCUCCUUCUUUGUCUACACUGCCUGUAACUUUAAAGAUAACUUCGGUUGCCUUUGCCUUCGUGGAGAGGAGUUGGAGCAGUAUGAAGAAUGUGGACAUCCGGUGCUUUCUGCCGUGUUCUUGCCUGAAGCCCCAGUCAUCGCCUGUGGGCUCCGUAAUGGCGACAUCAUCCUUUGGGACUUUGAAGUGAAGGCAAGACGAAAACUGGUGAAGAUGCCCUCAGCAGUGAAUGCCCUUUCAGUGAACCUGGUUCGAGGAGAGCUCAUCGCUGGAGACAAGAGUGGACAACUUGGCACUUGGCCAUUGGCAUUCCUGUUGUCAGACUGA